CAGCCUUCAGCCAUCCCAAAGACUGAUUAGCGCGGCAUCCUUCCACUGACGCCAUGUAAUUUCUGGAGGUUACUGAUUUUUGUAUCCCUCCGUUUUUCUUAGUUUUGACACCUCGGUCAGCAAUCUCCAGGAGGAAUAUACGGGACUCCAAAAGCAAUUUCCCACCGUGCGUCUCUUCUUGAAGGCAAAAAGAAGGAGAAGAAGAAGGAGAUUUUUUUGUCUUUUGUCUGUGUCGCGCUCUGAUCCUAAAAUCUCUCCAGUGGUUCCCGGUGUGACAGCAGCAGAGGGACUUCCAGCAUCUGACUGCCUGACGCGGGAUGGAAGCCGUCCACCUCUGACCCAUCAUUAGAUGUUUCAAGGAUAUCAGUGAGGAAAAAGCGCAGGAUUUGUUUUUAAAAAAGGGGAUUUGAUAAAGAAGUGACAGGUGAAAGGACGCUAAGACGCUGCGCUCGGCUCUGCUGCGUUUAUGGGAUUUUGAAGAAGAAGACACAUGAUUUUAUGCAUUUUUUUUUAGCAAAUUCUCUGAUUCAAGAUUAGCCGCUGGGUAAUUACCUGAGUUCAAACACAGUCGCAUCCUAUUCUUAAUUCACAGCCACACCGCUGGAAUGCACAACAUAAUAGCGCACUUUUAUUAGCCUCCAAAGACGCACAGAGGGCGGGCAGCGGUGUAAUUAACUCCCUUAGCUGUUCAAUGCAUGCCUUUCAACCCGCUUUCAAACCGGUGGCAUGUGCUAGUGACCCAUCCGAGCACCAGAGCCACCUGUUCUGUUGCCGUCGAGCCUGAGAGCACCAUGCGCAGACAGCCGCUAAACAAACCAUAUGGCUUAACUGAUGUGCACAAACAGCGGAAGAUUUUACUUGAAUAAGUCAGAUGUAGCCAGACUCUGCCCUAGAUCGCUGCCUAGAGCUUUAUCUGAAGAGAUAUGCAGUUGUGAAACUGAAACUUGGACAGCAGAAAGAAAGCAAUAACACUGAUAUGACAAUAAAAAAGGUGAUCAUUGUAAUUUCUUCCAAAGCUAAAGAGAGGUGGAAACAAGAGAGGAUAUUUCACACUGCUUCCGUUUGCCAUUUCACUCACAUUGUGGCUCUAUCAAGCACUGACCUUCCUUUUUGUCCAGGUCAUAUCUGCAGCUGUACAUGAGGGAAAAGUAAGCAAGUGCAGCUAAAUGUUUCCUGUCAAAGGCAUUCAUGCAUGGAACACAUUUUGACAUUUUAACAGACUUUUGACCUGCACACUCACUCCAGCUCCAUUGCACGACUCUUUCACACGCUGCGUCUUCCAUUUUCAGCACAAAUUCCAUCGAACACUUCGGCAUCGUCCCCUAGGUAUUAGUCUGCCUAAGAUAUUAGUCUUCCAGUAGAUUUUAUUGCUUAUCACUGACAGUGCCACUUAUCGACCAGUCUGUGUGUCAAGAUACUGGCAUUAUUUGGUGCACACAGUCUCAUUGUGGAGCUAAACGGACUUGAGGGUGUGCCACAGAGUAUAAAUAGUUGAACAAAGGCUCUUUUGGAGCAACAAGAGGCUGAAACCUGAAACCCAGGGUGAUUCCUCCCUCUGGUAACUUUAUACACUCACACACUGCGAGGCUGGACAGACUUUCCAGCUAUAUAGAGUGAGUUAGAUCCUGAAAGGCUGGAGAGACAAGGCAGCAGGGCACACGACUUCCACACUGCUGCUGUCAGGUUUUUCAGGUGCUUAAGAAGACCAGAUCAGCAAGAAGGCCCACCCAUCCCUCCUUUCAGCCCUUGUGUCAGCUAGAAAAAUAUUUUAAAAAAGGACGAGAAGAAGACACCCGGGCAGACCACACCCAGAGUCCCAUCAACCUCAGGAAAGAGUCUCCUCUUUUCACCUCCAAGACUUUUAAUCGUAGUCAGGACAUCUUUGGCAUCUUAGUGUUCUGAGGUUUUCAUCACCAAGCUGGAAUAGCUGCUGUUGAUCUAUCUUGUGUCUCCCAUUCUGAAGUGUGUGUGAGUGUGUGUGUGUGUGUGUGUGCAGUGUGUUUUGACAGCGUUGACAGCCGCCACCAGUCUUCUUUCUCCUAUCAGGAUGUCUGCAGCACAAGAGCUGCUGCUGCUACCUCUGGCCCUCCUGGCGCUUCAAGCGUCUCUGUGCCAUGGGGCCUGUGUGGAGGUGGACUCAAACACAGAGGCCGUGGCCAACGAAGGCUUCAAACUGGGCUGCAUCUCCUGUAAGAUGAGGGGUGAGGUGCCCGCCAUGGCCUCCGUCAACUGGUACUUCAAGGCUUCAGAUGAGAUGGAGUUCUCCCAUUUAUAUAGCUAUGAAGAUCAAAAGGAUUACAUCCUUGACCCACGUUUUGAUGAGCGUCUGAGCUGGAACGGCAGCAAGCACACCAAGGACCUACAGGACGGCUCCAUCUACAUCCACAAUGUGACCUUCAAUGACACAGGAACCUACCAGUGCAUAUUCACCCGCAUGCUCGUGUAUCCCAACUAUGAGUUUCAAACCCGCACCAUGAAGACUAUCGUCAUUAACGUGGUGCCACAACUCACCAGGGGACUGGCAUCCAUCUUGUCUGAGGUGAUGAUGUAUGUCUCCAUCAUCGGGCUGCAGCUGUGGCUGGUGGUUGAGAUGAUUUACUGCUAUAGGAAGAUUGCAGCUGCAGGAGAGGAAGCUCUGAGAGAGAGCGCGGCGGAGUAUUUAGCUAUAGCGUCGGAAAGUAAAGAUAAUUGUGCAGGUGUACAAGUGGCAGAAUAGCACUGGUCAAGGAAGAACCAAGAUGGCUUCCUUGAGGAUUCUCACAUCCACUUUCACACCCUCUCUCCUCACCUCCCAUCAUGAUGGAAAAAUGGAACCACAGAGAGGAGAAAGAUCUUCAUAGAAAGGUUUUUUAAGUGACUUUCUGCAAAAGGAUGGAAAGGACUGGACUGUAUCCCAUUCUGAGGUACAGGAUGGAUGCAUCUGGGGGUGGCCCAACUGGACAGAGGGAGAGAGAGAGAGAGAGAGAGAGAGCGAGUAGUACUGUAUAUAGGUAUAUAAAGUAUGCACAGAUAAUCUUACACAUGUAGAGUAUAUUAUAGGACUACAUCGUAUAUCCACUUUCUGCAUGCUUACAAGCUUUUCAAAAUGACUGGCAUCAUGCAUCUGAUGUUCUGUCACAGUUUUGUUAGUUGUUUUUCUGUUUUCAAGAGUUUUUAAUCAGUUUCAUUACUUUCUGUGUGUUGGCAUCAGGGUUUGACUGGUUAUCUAAUGCAGAUUUUUAACGGAACCUGUGUUUCCUCUGUUGGUUUAUGAAGCUGUGGUACAAAUAAAAACAGUGUUUAAUGAUAAAUCAAAACAUUUAAAUAACAAAAAAAAACUAUAAAAGAUUUGGAAAUUUAUAUUUUUUUAAAUACUAUUAAGACUAAAUUUGACUGCUAAUUUUUGUGCUGUUGUGAUGUAACGCUACUUAAAAGUGUAGCGGAAACACUUCUACAACAGCUGAUAUUUUGUCCUGAUAUUCAAUGUUUCAUUUUGACUUGAGCUUUAAUGCCAAAAAAAAUUACAAAAAAAUUAUUAGUAUUUAUUACUUUUCCACAGAAUUUCAUUAAAAUCAAACCAAAUGGGACACAAUAAAUGAAAAAUAUAACAGACAAAAACAUAAUUGCAGGUCCAUCAUAUCAGCGAUGGCCACAAAACAGGCCAAUAUCUAAAUUUUAAAAGGACACUCAUCGACAUACGUGUCAGCCUGAUAACGGUCGAACCCUGACUGAAAACACAUCCAAACCUUUUACUUUUUUUCCUUCAGAAUUAGAGAUCAGAUUUUAAUUAAUUAAUUGAUUACGUUUUGAGUUAUUAGCUCUUAAAGGAACAUGCAUUCAUUAGGCACUGUAAAUUUUAGGUUAAACUUAAUAGAAAAAAACCCAGAAUGCCAGCCAUGUUUAUAAUGUUUCAUAUUGGACUGGGGAAGUAACUGAGAUGAGAUCCUGUUUUAUCUUAAAUUCACAAACACACAGAAUGUUUUUACUGCGUUUUAGGCUCGGGUGGUGAGGAGUAUAAAUGAGGUGAAGUGUGACUUCCUGUGACUUCCUUUAUUGCACCAGACCAAUUUGUAUCACAGCAAAAGCUUUUCACACAAUGCAGCUUUACCAAUUUAUCCGGAGUGAUACGAAAGCAUCACUUGGCUGAAUUUGUCUACAGUGGAAACUUUCCAACGGAUGUGUAGUUUCACACAAAUGUCUUUGUAGAAACUUAAGGGCUUGGCAAAUUGCUAUUAUCUAACUGCCGUGGGCAAAUUUACCACAAAACCUGUCCAGUGUGCCUCCCAGCGAGAAGCCAGUGGAAACCAAAAGGUAGCUGUACUUGCUUCCCUUUCCAGACGGCCAAUUAUUGACUGAAGACUAGAUGGCUGCCAAACACUGCCGUUCUGCAUGUUUACUGUUCAUCUCUUUUGUACCAAAACUGAGUUUGAUACAUUUUGAGAUAAUGAGAAGGGGACACACACAAACUGAUAAAUGAAUACAGAAUAACUGCAUGCUUGCUGAUGGAAUAAGUAAAGGCUGCAAUGAUUUUUUUCCCAGUACAAACACAGAAUGUCCAAUAAGAUACAAGCUUAAAAAAAGCUAAGAAAAAGAUAUAACAAAGCCCAUUCAAGCAAUUUUAUGCACUGUUUACUUGGAGAUACUUUUGGAGUAUGCAUCUGCUUACAUCUGAACGCCUUGUCCUGCACAGAUGAACCAACCUGUGAAAUGAAAACCACACCACCAACGUGUUUUCCCUCAGCAAUGAAUAAAACUGCAGUUUUCACUUCAUGUGUAGGCAUGGAAAUGUUGCUUGCUAAAAACGAAAUAGAUGGGAAAAAGUGAUGCACGGAAAGAAAUAAAAUUCUUGUGAGAAAAUCAA